UUAUACAUCUUAUAAUGUUUGCUCCCUUCGGGCCUUUUUUAACUAUCUCUCUUGGGCCUGAUUUUUUGAUUUUUUCGAGAUAAAUAUGCGAUAUCCAACUCGAUUUUUCCCAUUUUCGGUCACCUAGUUUUUUUUUUAUUUUUGUAUUCUUCCAAAUUUUCAGAUUUAAUUUUUAGAAGAAUUCUUUAAUAUUAGAAGAAUUCUUCAACUUUUUAAAAAAUAAAAAGUUACACAAAUCUUUCCAAAAAUUUAAGUUACUUAAAAAAUUAUUUUUUUAAGGUAAUUAAACAUUUGCGCCGUGUAUCCAACCAUUCUUCAGAAAAUUUAAUGUCAAUAAGUAAUUUGGCAGUUUGCUUUGGUCCAACACUUUUAAGACCUAGAGAAGAAACUUUAGCUGCAGUAAUGGAUAUUAAAUUUUGUAAUGUUGUUGUUGAAGCUUUAAUAGCUAAUUGUGAACAUAUUUUUGGUAAACAACCCCCACAACAAAUUGAACAACCUUUUCCUCCCAAACCUGCUAAAAGUGGACAAUUAUUAACAACAAUUAAUAAUGAAGGAGGAGGAGGAAGUAUUUUGGGGGAUGAUAAAAGUUUAUCAAGUAGUAAAAGUAGUGGUGGUGGUUAUGAUGAUCUUUUACCUGUGACUCAACAAAAUAGGCCUUUAAAACCCACAAUUACUCCUUUUAACUCAACUGAUGGUACUACACUUUCAUCUAACAACCCUAAUCAUCAGCAAUUUCCCCCUCCCACAUCUCCACAAAGAAGACCUUUUAAUGGCGGUGGUGGGGGGAAUACUACUUUAAAACAAAAACCUAGUAUUAUUUCAAAACAAUUCGAAUCACGAAGUGAAUUGUGUUUAGCAGGAAGUGGUGUUCUUGGAGAUUCACCAAGUUCUAGCAGUACACCGCCUCCUUCCUCUUCUGGUGCUAAUAAACAGUUGGCGGGUAUAGCUCCGAGAGGCAAAACCUUUGGAAGCUAUGCGCCAAUGUACAGCCAGCCUUUGCCUACAGAAAAUAUUUACGCAACAUUAAGCACCUCCCCAUCCAAAACCCCUUUAACUACCCAACAACAACAACGGCCAAGUUCUUCCUCUUCCCAACAAUCUACAACUACUUCAGCAACCCCAAUAAUUCUUUCAAAUCGAUCAGAAACUUUGCCCCAAACAACAAUUUUAUCUAUGCGGAUACCCCCAGCUUAUACUAAUUUUAUUAACCCUGAUGGUCCUUUACAUCCACCACGGAGAGUUCGUACAAUUUACCCUUGCGAGGCUGGACAUGAAACUGAGCUCAGCUUUGAGUCGGGUCAAAUAAUCACUAAUGUCUAUGAAAGUAAAGAGGAAGGUUGGCUAGUUGGCACUUUGAAUGGCAAGACAGGACUUAUCCCGGCAAAUUAUGUCACUUAUGUUGAUAAUUUUUGAUAUUUUUCUAAAAAUUAUUUUUUAAAAUUAAGACUUUAUUUUUAUGAAAAUAGAUAACUUGUUUAGAGAAUAGGAAAAAUACUUUCCAAGUUUUUCCAAAAAAAGAAGGGCAUUCCCCCUACAAAGUGCAACAUUAUUUUUUAUGUAAGGUAAAAUUUCUUGCUUUCCCAACUCCUCGAAAGAGGUGAAUCUCCCGACGGUUUAACUGUCGAGAGAGCUAGGCAAGUAAUUUUACUACUACUCCACUAUUUAGUCGGACCUAGAAUUUACUUACACCUUCAAUUUCAGGUACAAUUUUUUAAAAUUUGGUUGACCACUACGGGAGUUUGGGCGAAUUCUUUUUUUCCAGUUCCCUAACUAUAACUUCGAAUUAAAAGUUGGGAGGGGGUGAGGUGGUUUAUAGUUUAUAGUGAUGUUCGUGACUCGGUUCUUGAGUUGCGAAAUUUCCCAGGUUUUUGAGCCCUUGGUCUUGACUCUCUUUCUUAACUUCCGAACAUCACUAGUGAUUUACAUUACAUACAAUUACUUUCUACUCUUAAAUGUGUGUAUG